GACAGAGGGGACGCCUUACUGUGUAACACAGCGCGGAAACAAACCGCAAACCCUGCUUUUAAUUCCACUUUUAAGCUGCAAAACGCACCGAAACGAGGAAAAUACAUUGUUGUCACUUUCAUAAUAACACAGAGCGAAGCGGACUCGACCAUUUACAGUAAAUAAAUUGCUACUUUUUAGUCGCCGCUCGUUCCCCUUGGCGUUUUUUUUUUAUGUGUACUUCCGCGUACUAUUUUUUUUCCUCUCUCCCACUGACACACGGCAACUUUCGAGCAGGAAACCCAUAGACGCUUCGCCCGUCGUUUUCUCGGUUUUCACGGCAGGUUGUGUUUGGAGCUCAGUGCUCUGACUCAGCCAUGAGCAUCAUCGGGGCUGAAGAUGAGGAUUUUGAGAGUGAUAUAAAUGAUUCACGGGUGACUGAAAAUCAGUCUAAGCUCUUCAACAACAUCGAGGAGCUGAAGGGUCAUCCAACUCACCUGCUGGUCUUUUUGCAACAUGUCAUUCUUCAGUUUGAUCCUGCUCCCCUGCUGUGUUACCUUCAUGCUGACCUCAUCAAGAACCUCAGUGCGAACCUCAGUGCGAAAGAGACUAAAAAACUGUUUGUGGAUUUCCACAGCAACUUCUUGGACAAGGGUGCUAUUCUCAGAGUGACAGUGCCACCCACUGUAUCUUAUGAGCUGGACCGGAUCCGCCCAGAUUUGCUCUCAGAUGAAACCCAAAGACGUUACGCUCAGGAGAUUCAGAAUCAGCAGUGUUCUGAAAUAUCUAAACAGCUGGAGGAUUUCAGGCAAAAGCGGAUGAUGGGUAUGACCCUCAGUGAGAAUGAGCUGAUUGAUGUCGAGAGCCACUAUCCCACCGACCGCAUCCCGAUGGAGAUGAAAGAAAAAUCUACAGCUGAGAACCUGCUGGAGAAGAUGACUGAAACACAGCUUCAGCUCGUCUCGGACGAAGAAAAAUGCCAAUCCAUCUUUUCUGCGGUGUCUGUCUACAUGAAGCACCUGGGGAUUAAAUCCAAGUGUAUUGAUAAUAAAAAGUCCAAGCGAGCUUUUUUUGGCUUUCCGCUGGGGAAGGGUACAAAGGACAGCACUAGGAUCAGGCCUGUACCCUUCUAUAAACAGAGGAAACCACAAACCCCUGAACCUGGAUCAAAAACGGAGCUUGGAGGAGUGGAAAAGCUUCCUGUGGUUCGUAAACCCACUUUGCCAGGCAGAGGCUCCACGUCGGAAAAUCCAGUCCCUACCCCCAGAGUGCCUGUCAGCACCGCGGGUCCGACUUCAGUGCCCGACACAGAGAAUCCUGAGGGGUCAGGCAAUAAAAAUAGUGCCCCCACUAACCCGGAGUCCCUUCAGACUGAUGGUUCAGAACCUCAGGCUGUGCCCGACAGUGGCAGUGUGUCCCCUGGGGGUGAGCCUAUCAUUGUGGAGCCCACCUCACCAAAUGAAACCCAUUCAGUGGAGUCCUUGGAUACAGACAGACGGAAGACAAGUAGGAAAGUGGCACGCAGCGAGAGCGCCCGCGUGGACCGCCAGUCGUCCCGGCGCCGCGGCUCUUCUCGGGGCAAACAGUCUCGCUCCCGAAGCGACGUGGACCUGCAGCCUCCAACUUGCACAACACCCGUCCCACUCUCCCCCCAGCACCUCCACCCUUUUGAUGGGACAGGUGAUGGUCCCAACCAUUYGCCCACCAGUCCCUCCCCACAGCUGGAGGAGAUAGAGCCUCGCCUCCUAGAGUUUGAGCAGGAUCCCCCCAACUGGAAGGAGCUGGCGCCUCCUGAUGCUUUAAAGCACCUCAGCAACAAGGAGGUCAAGAGGCAGGAAGUCAUAAAUGAACUGUUUGCAACAGAACACGCUCAUGUGAGAAUGCUGAGUGUCCUUCAGAUGGUGUUUGUCAAGCCGUUGGAGAGAGAGGCAUUCAUGGCCUCUUUAGAGCUCGAUGCCAUUUUUCCCAGCCUUGAUGACAUGCUGGAAGAGCACUAUAAGUUCUAUGAAAACCUGAAGAAGCUGCGUAUAGAUGACAACUACAUAGUUAAAUCCAUCAGCACCACAUUGCUCAACAGAUUCGACGGUGCAGAAGGAGAAUGGUUUCAGAAACUGACAGCCCGGUUCAGCAGUCACCAAACGUGGGCUCUGGAGCAAAUCAAGAGCAGGCAGAAGAAGGAACCACGCUUUAACGCUUUCAUACAGGAGGCAGAGAGUAAACCUCAGUGCCGCCGGCUGCAGCUCAAAGACAUUAUUCCAACAGAGAUGCAGAGGCUCACAAAGUAUCCUCUGCUGCUUGAAAAUAUUGCUAAGAACACAGAGGACCCCACAGAGAAGCAGAGAAUCCAGCAGAGUGCAGAGUGCUGCAAAAAGAUCCUCAACCAUGUCAACGAAGAGGUCAAAAAAGUGGGCAACAUGUUGUCUCUAAAGGAGUACCAGAAGAAACUGGACACAUCAGGGCUCAAACCCAUGAAUGACCUUUAUACUGAGUAUAAGAGUAUUGACUUGACACAAAGGAAGAUGCUUUAUGAAGGUCCACUAAUCUGGAGAGUGACCAAGGAGAAGACUGUUGAGGUGCAGGGUGUGCUGCUGGGGGACCUGCUGGUGCUCCUACAGAAACAGGAUGACAAAGUGGUCCUCAAAUGCCAAAGCAAGAGUAACAUCGCUGUGCAGGAAGGCAAACAGAUGCUGAGCCCCAUUAUAAAGCUGGACUCCGUUUUUCUCCGCGAUGUGGCGACGGAUCGAAAAGCUUUCUAUGUGAUUUUCACCUGGGACAGCGGUGCUCAGAUCUACGAGCUGGUAGCUCAGUCUGUCGGAGAAAAGAACACUUGGACGGAGAUCUUAAAGUCAACCGUGGAAGAGCUGAAGAAGAGCGGAGCAUCCGUUGUGCUGAAUCUGCCUCCUGGUGGAGGAGCUCCUUUCAGUCCCUCCACACUGAACGCGCCGUUGAUCGCAGCUGAGAAUGGAAGUUUAAAAAGCAGCAGUGAUCACGAUAGGGACAGCUUGACAGAUGACAAGUCGGAUCACAGGCACAGGCUGAUGGCUUUCCUGGCAGAGAAAGGCGUUCAUCCGCUCAGCGCUCGGGAGAAGGUGGCCAACAAUGCUCUGGAUGAUGUGAUGUCACUGAAAAGAUUGCUGAUCGGCAGCAUCAGUGUGUCAGAAGACUCGCAACCUGAUGAAGAAAAUGAAGAGGAGCGAUCAGAGAGAACAAAUCAAGAAACAGAAGGCUCUCUGUCAACAGCCACAGAAGAAGGUGAGGCCACAGACAGGGGUUAUAUGGAGGUGAACUCCAACCCGUGUGAAAGAGAAGCUGCAGAGACAAAGGAAGAUGAAGGCGGGAGCAUCAGCGCACCCCUCGUGUUGUCCCAGGAGAGAAUGGACGAAGUGCGCCGGAGGCUGCACAGCCUGGAGGAACAACUAAAGAAACUACAGGCUGUUGAAGAGGAGCAUCACAAGCUGCAGGAGGCCCUUUCUGAGUUCUCUCUAGUAGAGGGGAACUUUUAGUAAGACACCAUUUUGCCACCUGCUGGCCACUGGGUGUUUUGUGGUCRCUUGUUUGGGCUCUAAAGGCGCUUCCCAAAUCUUCCUAAACCCUCGUGCAUCUUACCUGGAUCCUWGCCGCAAUAUUUCUUCGUAUCGUAGCUGCUUGCAGUCGAGCAGGAAGUUUUCUGCCUGCCAGAGGAGUGUGAUGGCUUUGCGCACAGUGCAAGUAGUUCAGUGAGGGAUCGUGGGAGGUGUGUGCAUGUCUGUGUGUGUCGUCUGUUUGGGUGCACGCUUGAAAGAAAGAAAGAUAUACAAAGAAGAAGAAAAAAAAAAAACAGAUAUCCUACUUUUGAGUGGGAAGUUAUUAUUGCAGAGAGGUGCCAAAAAAAUGAAGCAAUAUUUUGCUGUGAGAAUGAUGCUGCCUAAAAAAAAAUUGGUGUUUCUUUUCUGCUGUAACACACAUAUGCACACAGGAAACAUGCGCUAGAACAUGAUCAGUAAUGCCAAGAAUAACAAUGUACAGUUAAUGAUUAGGCCUUAAAAGGCUAAUGUAGUUAAAGGAUGUAUUGACAAACUACUGCUGAUAUGUAUUAUUUCUAGUCUAUGCUCAAAUACAACAAAAWGCACUUUUUUCUGAUCAAAACUAGUUCAAUUCACACUGUUGUUGCGAAAGUUCUUAUUUAAACUGUCRGAGAUCAAAAGGGCUUUAUAUAAGCAGCCCUCGUUAUUAAAAAGAUGCAUGCAGGAAUGUGUGUGUAUGUGUGUUACAACAUUUUUAAUUGAGGAUAUAUUUGUUUGGAAGGUUCUAGCUGUUAUUAGGUUUCAUUAAAACAUUUAUAUAUAGUGGCACUAUAGGCAAUCAUGCUGUUAAUAAUGGAGAAUUGUUUGUWUGUACUGCUUUUAUUUAUUCUUCCGAGUCUUUUUUUUUUAGUUCAGUCAGUUGCCCCAAUCUGAUUGAUGUCGUUACAAAACUGGGGCCAAAUAGAGAAGGCAGUGUGCAAAAAAAAAAAAAGGUUGGACAAGGCUUAAAAAAAACUGGGAAUGAGUACAAAUCAAGAUUGGAGAAAAAAGGAAGUUGUAUAGCUGAAGUGGCUUUAGAGUGGAUGAAGUUGGACAGUGAUGCGAGAAUUGGAAAGAAAAGAAGAGAUUAGGAAAUAUGCUGCCAAAAUACAAACACACACGUUUACAGAGAGUGUACAUUUCUUCAGCAUCCGUUUUUAGCAGGUGGAGUUUACAACUCCUGAUCCAAAAGAAAAAAAAAGAAAAAUCCACUUCAGUUGGGAGUUAAAACUGUUUUGUUUGACAUUCGAUUAAAUGUGUAAUUAGAGACAAAGAAAUGCUUUCCUGUUUAUUUGUAUCAAAGCUGAGCUGCCAAUAUAUUUUACUGAGCUGAUGAUUGUAAGUAUAAUUGUUGUAGUGUGAUUCUUAGUAUUGGCUUAAAUGAGGCUGUGCACACAGGACCAAAGACGUUACAAAGCACACUGAUGAAUAAAAUAGUAGUUUUUUUAAUAAAACACAGUAUCUUGAUUCAUGAAUGAAUGUACAAAGAAAUAACCAGAUGAUCAACCUUUGUGACCAAAUUCCAGCAGAACCUGCAGGUCUCUGAUGUCUUUUCAUACAUCUCAGUAACCUUAACCUGAAAAGAGUUGUUUUCAGGUCAUCUAGCCGGCCUGACUGCCACAAACUGUACUGUACCUCGUUGUAUAGAGGACUGGAGACCAAKCACUGUUAAAGCUUCUGGUACUAAAUUGAACAACGGAGUCUGAUCCUUCAGCAGAAACAAAAUAAAGCAACAAGAAGACAAUGAAGCUGUAAUUUAACAAAGGAAGCUUUGAGGGUUUGGAGGAAGGAAAGCCGUUGUCUCGUUCCAGUGUUGCUCUUACGGGCACUGUAAUCGUGAUCACUUCCUGAUAUUCAUUCUUCAUCAUUGUUGCCACAACAACAGAUUGUACCUUUUCUGAACCUCGCGACCUCAGCAAAUAUUCAGUUCGGACACUUAAACGUCACAGGAUAACAGACUUAUACAUUCRUUUUGAAACCUUUCUGCCAUCUUUCCCCGUGUCUUCCUCUUUAAAACUGUACAUUAAGUGGUUUGAAGGAAAAAGCGGUAGACGAAAAUGCUGACUCUCUCUCGGUUGCAUGAUCACUUUUUCCAGCUGCACAUUUUUACAAGGAAUUGUUGUGUAUUUCAUUUGUUUACUCAAGCAGGCUGGGGUAGUUAUUGCCUUAUUGAAGUGUUCUUUUCUUUGUUUUUUAAAUGAUGUGCUGUGCAUUUCCCGUUAUGAGAUAGGAGGUGUCUGUAACUUGUCUUUACACAAACAUGAUGCAAGUAAUGCGACUAAAUCUUAGUCGAGCUGUUUUUUUUUUUCACAUUUAAAGAAAUAAUCCUUUAACAGUUUUUUAAACUUCAAUGACAACUUUGUGCUUCAUUGGCUGACGAUCGUUACAGACACUCCCCUCKCUCCUUCAGGUUAUUUUCCUUUUGUAGCCUAUUCUAUAAACAUGUAUAAAAAGUGUAUUUAAAGAGUGGUGCCUUCUUUUGACUGCUUSAUAAAAGCCUUGUAAUUACAUCAAAGUGAUUUUGUGGCUUUCAUGGCAGCCGUAACACAGUAAGACUGAUAAUAGGCAGAAGGAGAUCAUCCAAAGAUGCUAACCAAAUGGGUUCAAGGUUGACGGUUGUUUUCAUUUUGAUGAUGAAUAAAUUUAUCUUACAGCUCAUUUCUUUCCUUUCCAUCUCCAUUACAUCAGCAUGAUUUGAGUCCGCUCACACAGGCCUGUUUAGCAAAACAAAAAAGAAAAAAACUGCUUGUCAUAAUGGCCUCUGCAGUCUUGUUAUAUAAAAAUAUAUGAUUAUGCAAGAAUUAUAAUGUGUAUUUGGUAUAUCGUAUUGUGUAAGAGGCUUUUAAUUGAUGUAUACCUAAGGAAAAAAUGUGGUACGCUUUGUUUUUUAAUUCAUUUUUUUAAUAAAGUGGGGAAAUAAA